AUGCCCUCGGAUAUCCUCAGUCCUUUUGUGGAGUUGGAUGAUGCUCUGUGCAAGACUUUUUUGAGCCUGAACGUGCAGGAGAACGUCCGUGCGGACGCCAGGACCCCCCCGGGAUUCCAGCGGACCUUCUCGGCCUGCCCCGUCGCCCUCGCCGCUUCCCAUGGCGGUGCGGUAGAGCGCCUGGAGGAAGCCCUCGCCCCCCUUGUGGCCGCUGAUGGGGGCGACCCGGCGUGGCCCAUCCAGGGGGAAUGGGGUCGGGACGCCAAGCUGCCCCGCACCAGCCUGCAGCGUAUCCCCUUCCGGGCGGAUCGGUCAGUGAGCUUGAUCGAGGGGUGCCAGGGCGAGGCCAAAGCGGUCUCCUCGCGCUACAAGACAGAGCUCUGCCGCACCUUUGAAGAAAGCGGCGCCUGCAAGUACGGGGGCAAAUGCCAGUUUGCCCACGGCGCCGGGGAGCUGCGGGGGCUCAGCCGCCACCCCAAGUACAAGACGGAGCCGUGCCGCACCUUCCACACCUCCGGCAUCUGCCCGUACGGCGCCCGCUGCCACUUCAUCCACAAUGCUGAGGAGCGCCGCCCACCGCCGCGGCCCCCCCAGCCCCUCCGCCACAGCCUCAGCUCCGGGGAGCCCCCUUUCCCCUUGGGCUCACUGCCUUCCCCUCCUCGCUUCGCCUCGUGCACCCUUUGCCUCCCCGGAGGAGCCGCUGCCUCCCCUUACGACGCCCUCGGCUGCUCUCUCUGCAAGACUCCUCAGGGGUCCCCGGCCCCCUUCCCCGGGCUCUUGCUGCUCCAGAAGAGCCUCUCAGCCGAUUCCCUCUCGGAUCAGGAAGACUCGGGGAGCUCCAGGGCCAGCAGCGGCUCGGCAUCCCCAGGCCUGGGGCCCUCGGGCCGGCGGCUCCCCAUCUUCAGCCGCCUCUCGAUCUCUGACGACUGA